UAUUGCAAAAAGAAAGUGUCAUUUCUUAUGUUAUGAUUUGCGUCAGAAUUGAUGUAUGCAUCUUUGUUAUACAUGCCUUGUAUUUUCUACGUCAAGUGAGAAACUGCACUCGAGUCGAUUUUUUAUGUACAUCACUAAAAAAGAUAAUGGUCCGAAUAGAAAUACUCUCAGCGAAACAAAAACACAAAGCAAAAGGUAAAGGUAAAAGGUAGUAACUAACAAAUUGAUUAUGUUGGGAGUAAAAUUUGUGUUUUCUAGUGAAAUACGUAAUCCCAAACACGUGGAUGGAUGAUCCAUUCAAUCCGCUCCCGGCCCGUGAUAAUUGUUAAACCUGUCAUAACGAUCAAACUUCCUUUUUUACCACCCCAAUACCAACACACAACCAAACACCCCAAAAAUCAUGGACAACAAAAUUACUACUGCGACGAUUUUCAACUUUUUUACCCUACUAAUAAUUACGGUCUCUGCCGCUCGUCCCACCAUCAACACUCCGGUGACAAAACCGAGCACGAUCCGUGAACCUGAAACUUUCACCGGUUCUCACAUUCUCCUCCCCGGGCACAACGUCACAUCACAGUCCAAUGCAACUACCUCCACCUUCCCGGUCAAUAGCCACCAUGUUCAACCGGAAAACACAACGAGUGAUAUGACGCCACGUAUGAAUUUCACCAAAUUUCAUUCGAUUAACCGUCACUACAACGAGAAACCGCAUCGUCGGCCAUAUCAGGUAGGAAGACCCAAGCGACCGUGUCGGAAACACUCGCAGUACCAGGUUGAUCGGACCAAAAUUCCCAGCCGAAAUAACGAGAGAAUUGGAAAAUAUGAAGAUACGAGAUCGAAAAGCAUUCAUGCUGAAGUUCCAACGAAUUGGUUGAAGAUGAAGCAUUAUCACGCCUCUCUUGCCCACCGAAAUCAUAACAACCAACAGAAAGGUAGCGAGAAUGUGAUCAAGACGAAACAUGUAUUUGAUAGGGAGAAAUUGAAGAAUUUGAUUCGUGAAAAGGAUCGGAAAAGAAGAGAGGAAGAGAAUGGGUUAAUGAAGAACAUUCGCAAGUUUAUGAAACACACCUUCGAUUGAUGAAUUUGGGCGGGUUGAUUGAUACUCUAUGCAAAUAAUCUGUGCUAUAUACACAU